AAACUGCAAUUCUCAAAGACCAAAUCAGAUGCCGUAGCCAAACACCGGGGUAACUUCAUUCCCCGGCCCCGUCGUCCCAAAGGGGAGAAGCGCAGACUGGAGAUGGAGGCGUUAGACCGGGUGAGACGGGCCCUGGAACAGCAGAGCACAGGACCUGGGUGGAACCACGGGGGGUACCCUGACCAAGCACAGCACCUAGACACGCAGCAACAGGCGGGUAAUGAGUAUUACAGCCACGGAGACCCGAAUUCGAGUAUGAACACCAACAACAUGAACAACAACAACAACAACAACAACAGCAGCUACCCGAGCAACAUGCAGCAGAACCCCAGCGCCAUGGGAGAGUCCAAGUCCAGUAUGCCCAGCGGAGACUACAGGUCUAUGGCCACUCAGGCCCAGCAGCAGCAACAACCGUACACGAACACCGGUAACGCGUACAGUAACCAGCCACCGCAACAGUUCUCCGGACCACCCCCCACCCAAGCACCCCCAGCGGCUUUGGCUGCGCCGGUUAAUCCCCCCAAUCACAUUCUGCUGCUGACUGGCUUGCCAGCGGGCACUACCCAGGAUAUUAUAUACGGACUCUUCAAUCGGUUCUAUGGCUUAAAGGAG